UCAGGAGAAACUAUGACUUGGAACAACACCACUAUGGACGGGGAAGGGUUGCUGGUGGAAAGGGACUCUUCCUUUCGAAUCCUCACAGGCUGCUUCCUCUCACUACUGAUCCUCUCCACAUUGCUGGGAAACACACUGGUGUGUGCAGCUGUCAUUAGGUUUCGCCACCUCAGGUCCAAGGUGACCAACUUCUUUGUCAUCUCCUUGGCUGUGUCAGAUCUCUUAGUGGCAGUUUUGGUCAUGCCUUGGAAAGCUGUGGCUGAGAUUGCUGGUUUCUGGCCUUUUGGUUCAUUUUGCAACAUCUGGGUGGCCUUUGAUAUUAUGUGCUCAACAGCCUCCAUCUUAAAUCUCUGCGUCAUUAGUGUGGACAGAUACUGGGCCAUCUCCAGCCCAUUUAGGUAUGAGAGGAAAAUGACUCCCAAGGCAGCUUUCAUCCUGAUCAGCGUGGCAUGGACUUUGUCCGUGUUGAUUUCCUUCAUCCCUGUGCAGCUGAACUGGCACAAGGCUACAACCACAAGUGUUUUGGACCUGAAUUCCAGCUUAGAAGAUGAGGGCAUGGACAACUGUGAUUCUAGCCUAAACAGGAUGUAUGCCAUCUCCUCUUCUCUAAUUAGCUUCUAUAUACCUGUGGCCAUCAUGAUAGUAACUUACACAAGGAUAUACCGGAUUGCUCAGAAGCAAAUACGACGCAUCUCAGCUUUGGAGAGAGCAGCAGUGCAUGCCAAGAACUGCCAUACCACAAGUGGCAACAGAAGCAGUAUGGACUGCCAUCAACCAGAGAGCAACUUCAAAAUGUCCUUCAAGAGGGAAACAAAGGUUUUAAAGACUUUGUCAGUGAUCAUGGGGGUGUUUGUGUGUUGCUGGUUGCCAUUUUUUGUAUUGAACUGCAUGAUUCCCUUCUGUGAGCCUACUGAACCAUCCAAGGGAGCAGAAGCCUUCUGCAUUAAUUCCACCACCUUUGAUGUUUUUGUUUGGUUUGGAUGGGCUAAUUCUUCCCUCAACCCCAUCAUUUAUGCCUUCAAUGCUGAUUUCCGCAAGGCAUUUUCGACCCUGCUGGGAUGCUACAGGCUCUGCCCUCUGUCCGGCAAUGCUAUAGAGACUGUUAGUAUUAACAAUAACGGAGCAGUUGUUUUUUCGAGCCAACAUGAGCCCAAAGGGUCCAGCCCCAAAGAGUCUAAUCUGGUUUAUCUGAUUCCACAUGCAAUUAUCUGUCCAGAAGAAGAACCUCUCAAAAAGGAAGAAGAAGGUGAACUAUCUAAGACCUUGGAGAAAAUGUCUCCAGCAUUGUCGGGUAUCUUGGAUUAUGAAGCUGAUGUUUCUCUGGAAAAGAUCAAUCCCAUUACACAAAAUGGGCAGCAUAAAACCUGAACAGUAAGGUUUACUCAGCAAGACCCAAUAGUGUAUAUUGUAAUAAUCUUAAAAAAUCCCCCACAAAAGCCAAGAUUUCUUGGCAAGAAACUAAGCUCUAGGGAGAAAUACACAUUUACAUCAAGCCCAGAAUUAAUUUUCCUGUCAUUCAAAACAAAUUUAACAUUUUAAACAACAAAGAGGAAAAAUAACAGAAAAUUGGUAAAAAAAUACAUGAUUAAACUGUACUGUUUGUACUAGAGAAAAUAUACAAAUUUAGAUACAGUGCAGUGACAGAGAAAAUAUUUCUUCUUCUCUACACAGAGAAACCAAUUUUAGCUUAAAAUGAGGCAAAAGAUAAACGUUAAGUAUUUAAAGAUUAGUGUUUACUAGAAGUUAAAAGAUUGCUGUGUCUUGUGAUAGUGGGUGUGAACAGGUCAUAAUUAAAGACUGAGGGAUUGUAAAAGUAGGUAGAUGCCUUCUUAAAAUUAUUUCUAAAAUAUAAUUGAGCCUUAUAACGAGAAUGGUUAUUUUUAAAGCUUUGGGAGGUCAUAUGUUGAUACUGGUUUUAUUUAUUUAUUGUUUUAAAUUGAUAUUUUUCAUAUGUUAUAACAAAUCUAACUUUAUUUAUGUUAUUUAAAAUGUCUAAAUAACGGGAUAUUUUUGGAGUGUCAUAACUGCAUUUUGACCAGUCAACCAGUUAGCACUUUAUUACAAGCUUUGAUAGUCUGGAGGGCCAAUGAGGGUUAAUGAAGGAACGUUAAGAAGCUCACUGAGAAAUGAAGGAAUGAACAAAACUGAUGCUGUGUUGAGUUCAUUUGCUUGUGGGCUUUUCUUUUUAAUUUUAAGUGGGAUUUCUUUCAAAAGAUAGGACCAGCAUUGGCUGAGUUGUGAAUUCUCUUCCCUUAUAGAAAUAAAAAGAAAAAAAAAUUGCUGCUAUUUAUUUUUCAAAAGUUUCAUGUUACAAAGACUUUGCUAGAAUGUCGAGUUUGUGGAGCUGUAAAUACCUUAAAUAUGACUACAACCUUAAGAAGAAUUCAAUUUGAGAAGAAAAGCUUCUUAGAUAACAAUUCUUAGUAUAUAAUGUUUUGUAUUUAUGUAAGAUAAACAGCUUUCUCAGACUUUUCUUAUUUCAAGUCUUGGAUAUCUUUUCUGAACAAACACAAUUGGUUAUAAUGGUAGUAAAGAUGCCCAAACCUCAUUAUCAUCUGUAUUUCUGCAGUACCACCGGGAUCAUGCUGUCUGUCUGCUACUGUAUCAGAAUUAAAAAGUGAGGUACCUAGUGCUUUACUUUGGAUACUAGGAGGACAUUACAUUUUAGUAAUUGCCAUGUCAAUAGUCCAUUCAAUAAGGAUUAGUGCCUCAUUACCAUUUUGGAUUAAGACAUUUCUAAAUAUGGAUGGAACUGCAGCCCCCAACUCAAACACUUCCUGUGAGCUCCAAAAAAGUUACCAAUGUUUAAUUCAGAAAACCUGCUACUUUUCCAUUGUCCUUCCUGCUUUCCCUUUGCAAUGCCAAAAGCAAUCAGUGAACAUUAGCAACAGGAACAUUGGGUAUUAAUAUUCAGCAGCAUUCAAAGAAAGCUAUUUGUUUUCUGAAUGGGAGAAAAUACCCUUUGGAGCAACUUUUUCAUAACAUAUAUAUAAAAAAAAGUGUUGUCAGGAAAAGAGAACUGAGAGGAAAAAAACCCAUAAAGUCUAAUGAACUAUAUACAUCCUGCAUCAGGUCUGUGUAUUUAUGUAUUGUGAAUGUUUUCAUAAUUUUAUUGCCUGUAUGCUGCUUUCAUACAUAUAAUAAAAUUAUUUUGUGAACAGAAGGUCAAAUAAACCUCUCUACAUUGCAUUUAUUAAA